CAAAUCUAGCAAACUAGUAGUUCAGAGAGGAAAAUCAUGGAAUUCCAAAGCGAAGAGCAUGCUGCCAAACUGCUUAAUGCUCAAACCCACAUAUGGAAUCACAUUUGCAGCUUCAUAAACUCUAUGUCCCUUAAAUGUGCAAUUGACUUAGGCAUACCAGAAGCCAUUCACAACUAUGGUAAACCCAUGCCACUCUCACAACUCAUUGCUUCACUAUCUAUCCACCCUUCCAAAACCUCCUUCAUCUACCGCUUGAUGCGAAUUUUGGCUCAUUCUGGCUUCUUUUCUCAACAGAAUACCAUCGAGAAUGAGCUAGAAACGGGUUAUGUGCUCACUGAUGCAUCUAUUCUACUUCUCAAGGACAACCCAUUGAGUCAGAGGCCUUUCUUGCUUGGCAUGCUUGAUCCAAUUUUGACUGAAUCAUGGCAUCAUUUCCCUACAUGGUUUAGAAAUGAUGAUCCUACCCCAUUUCACACAGCACACAAGAUGACAAUUUGGGAUUAUGCUGGCUCCAACCCAAAAUUUAAUCAGUUUUUCAAUGAUGCCAUGGCAAGUGAUGCUAGAUUGAUUGCCAGUGUGGUAAUUGAGAGGUGCAAGGGAGUGUUCAAUGGAUUGGAAUCACUUGUAGAUGUUGGGGGAAGCACUGGCACUAUGGCUAAGGCCAUUGCCAAAUCAUUCCCACAACUUGAUUGCACUGUAUUUGAUCUUCCACAUGUUGUUGCUGAUUUGCAAGGAAGUGACAACCUUAAAUAUGUUGGAGGAGACAUGUUUCACUCAAUUCCUCCUGCCAAUGCCAUUCUAUUGAAGUCAAUAUUGCAUGAUUGGAAUGAUGAGGAAUGUGUGAAAAUAUUGAAGAAAUGCAAGGAGGCAAUCAUGAACAAAGGCAAAGAAGGAAAGUUGAUCAUAAUAGACAUGGUGAUAGGGAAAGAGAAGCGAGAUGAUGAAUCAGUAGAAGCGCAACUCUUCUUUGAUAUGCUGAUGAUGGUGUUGCUAACAGGAAAAGAGAGAAGUGAAAAAGAAUGGGCUAAGUUGAUUUCCUCUGCUGGUUUCAGUGAUUACAAGAUAACUCCAGUUUUCGGUUUAAGGUCUCUCAUUGAGGUUUAUCCGUAG